UAGGUAAUGACGUCCAGACAGCUGUCAGUGUUCGUUGUUCCGUUUUCGUGACGAUAGUUCGUGAUUACCAGUGCUCCUCGUCCUCCAAAAGCCCUGCAAACGGCGAACGCAACACAACUCGAAUCGUAAAUCCUCCCGCAUAGUCGUCUCAGGCAAGCUCGAAACAAAGACCCGCGGCGUGAGCGAAAACAAAAUGUCCUACGCCUACCUCUUCAAGUACAUCAUCAUCGGAGAUACAGGUGUGGGUAAAUCAUGCCUACUGCUGCAGUUCACUGAUAAGAGAUUUCAACCAGUGCACGAUUUAACCAUCGGAGUUGAAUUUGGCGCACGUAUGAUCACCAUUGAUGGCAAGCAGAUUAAGCUGCAGAUCUGGGACACAGCAGGACAGGAAGCUUUCCGUUCUAUCACGCGUUCUUAUUAUCGUGGGGCAGCUGGUGCACUGCUCGUCUACGAUAUCACACGCAGGGAGACUUUUAGUCAUCUUACAAAUUGGCUGGAAGACGCGAGGCAACAUUCCAACUCGAAUAUGGUGAUUAUGCUCAUUGGCAACAAGAGUGAUUUGGAGAGUAGACGAGAAGUGAAAAAGGAAGAAGGCGAAGCGUUUGCUCGUGAACACGGUCUUGUUUUCAUGGAAACUUCGGCUAAAACAGCGGCCAAUGUUGAAGAAGCCUUCAUCAACACUGCUAAAGAAAUCUACGAGAAGAUUCAGGAAGGUGUUUUUGAUAUAAACAACGAGGCGAACGGUAUUAAGAUUGGACCGCAGCACUCGCCCACGAACCCCUCACUGCCCGGGGCAGGCGGGAAGGAUGGCUCCCAAGGCGGCGGAUGUUGUUAAACACGCGCAGGAUACAUAAGAAUCACUUGGACUUAAUAUAACGACAUUCAAUUCAAAAAUUGGGGAAGAUACAAUGUGGAAUCGGGCAGGAGAGCCACCAAUUUAUCUUAUAAUCAACUGCAUACAUCUGACCGCUUGUUUAGACAAGAAUGUUCGGUUAUUCUAUACUAAUCUAUUACUUAUUCAAUGGCAUGAGUUCGACGGUGAAGCGUUUUCAAUUUUUAAUGAUAAGGAAUGAUUUAUUUAAAUUAAGUUUUUACUAUGAUUAUGAUUAUUGUGAUUUUAGUUUUCUAUCUGCGCUGCAAAUUAUUUAAACAAAGAAAACUUUAGACGAUAAUGAAUCCUAUGUUGUAAACAAAAAACAAAUGCAAACAAUUUAUCUAAGAGUGUUCGCUAUUAUUGUGUUUGCGAUGCAGGUGCAGAUUAACGGUCUGAAGUAAAUAAAACCGCGUCUGUCAUAGUUGUUUUUAAUAACUGAGAGGUACCACGCGGCGAAAAUAGUCUUGUUUGGUGUAUCAUUUUAUAAAAACAAAUUUAUAUUGCGCAUUUUGUUUGCUAAUGCAGCAGUGCUGUGUUUAUUUUAAACCGUUUGACUACACCUGUAGCGAUUUUUGUAACUUAUGUAAUUAAUGUAUGUCAACAACCAAAAAAACAAUUAUAAAUUGUGUAAUCGAAUUGUAUUUAAAAAAAUAUAAAUUUGUAAACUCAAA